GACUCAACUCCCCCUAAAAGCUCUUCCUAGAUUAUCGCUUAUGGUUAUGGAGAUAGAAGAAGAAGGGUUUUAGCCGGCAACAAAGAACAAAUAAUUCUCUAUAAAUUCCAAGCAAUUUUGAAAAUGUCUUCGUUAACGUUGAAGCCAUUCUUCCUAUUACAAUCUCGACGUUCUUCGUCUUCGUCUUCCUCGACUUCUUCAUCACCUCCGGCUCUCGUUUCGUGCCGGAAAACUCCACUCUUUCCUUCGACUAGCAUCUCCGGGAGAACCAGUGGCCGGGGAGGGUUCGUUGUCAGAGCUCAAUCUUUCGAUAGCUCCGAGACUGACGGCAAGGACGCCGAUAAAAACGAUCCUAAUGCCGCCGAUUACAAACCUCCCAACGGCACUUUGCAUAAGAACAGGAGGGAUAUUUUGCUGGAGUAUGUCCAAAAUGUGCAGCCUGAUUUUAUGGAACUCUUCAUCAAAAGAGCGCCUCAACAGGUAGUGGAUGCGAUGCGCCAAACAGUGACAAAUAUGAUGGGAACACUGCCACCUCAAUUUUUUGCAGUCACAGUAACCACUGUUGCUGAAAAUCUUGCUCAGCUUAUGUAUAGCGUUAUGAUGACAGGAUAUAUGUUCCGAAAUGCACAGUUCCGGUUGGAGAUGCAACAAAGCUUGCAACUGGCUGCUCUUCCUAACCCUGAAACACAGGAGAAAACUGAUUUACCUGAUUAUGCACCAGGUACACAGAAAAAGGUCACUGGUGAAGUUAUUAGGUGGAAUAACGUUUCUGGUCCUGAAAAAAUAGAUGCAGUGAAAUACAUUGAGUUACUUGAAGCAGAAGUUGAAGAAUUGACUCGUCAAAUAGAGAGGAAAUCUGCUAAUGGACAGAAUGAAUUGCUUGAAUAUCUAAAGACUCUUGAACCUCAAAACCUGAAGGAGCUAACUAGUACUGCCGGUGAAGAUGUUGUGCUAGCGAUGAACACAUUUAUAAAACGCCUCUUAGUAGUUUCAGAUCCUAGUCAGAUGAAGACGAGUGUAACAGAGACGAGUGUUCCAGAACUUGCAAAGCUCCUUUACUGGCUCAUGGUAGUUGGUUAUAGCAUUCGCAACAUUGAAGUCCGCUUUGAUAUGGAACGGGUGCUUGGCACUCCACCAAAGCUUGCAGAGCUACCUCCUGGUGAAAAUAUUUAGCUGCCCACACGAGUUUCUACACAGAGUCUUUGGUUUUUGUUGGUGCAAGAUUUAUAAUACCAUUAAAAGAAAAUAGUCUUUAUGGUGAGUUUUAGAAUGCUGUUUCACAUGUUUUUCACUCUUAGAACAGCUUGCCCAGAAGUUAAAGACGUUCCCACAGGAGUAACACUUCUCCCUAUUGUUUUUAUUUUCAUUACUCUUGUAUGCUAAAGCUGCACUCAUAGUUU